AUUAAUUUUAUCAACACUUUACACAACAACAUUGCAUGCAUGAAAAUUACAUCCUGUUUUUGAUCUAGGAAAGCCGGCAAACAGUGGAGAACAGUGUUACGGUGUUAUUGAGCUUCACUUGUGAAAUAUAUCCAGUUGUAAAAUGUUACCAGUAUACACGUUAUAGUAAAGAACUCACCUUGCUCAGGAAUAGGCAGCAUAUUUUUUAACUAAUCCAACUGUUUUGACAUACAUUUUCAGAGAUGGCAUUAACUGUUGCAGGGAUCCAGAAAUUCCUAGACGUCACAGUCUCACUACAGUCUUUCCCACUAUUUUGUAUAUACCUCGUUAUGAUUAUGUUAUCCCCAGUAUGGCAAAGAGUUACCUCCCCUAUGCAAAUCCGACCUUUAAUGAUUAUCCAUAACUUUGCCUGCUGUUUUAUAUCCAUGUACUGUUUGCUGGGAUUCCUGUACAGUAUAAUGUUGAGUGAAUCAACAUUCCAACUUGGGCCACAACCAUAUUUACUACCAUAUUACAAGAUGUACUGGAUUACUAAAGUCAUUGAAUUACUCGAUACAGUGUUCAUGAUACUACGCCACAGAAGACGUCAGAUCAGCUUCCUACAUGUUUAUCACCAUAGUUCUAUGUUACUGCUUGCAGAUUCUUGCUACCAGCUGUAUCCAUGGCCAGCCAUGUCUGUAUACUUUGCAACCAAUUCAUUUAUACAUGUUAUAUUGUAUCUGUAUUAUGGUCUAACUGCUUUAUUUCCAGACAAAUCAAUACCAUGGAAAAAGAAUAUUACACAGUUACAGAUUUUGCAGUUUUUAACUUUGUUUGUACAUGCAACUUUUGGAUAUUUGUACCAUAGUUAUUGUGUUUAUGGUUUGUUAUAUGGAAUAACUAUGACAACAUUAUUUUCAAAUUUUUACUAUGCUGCUUAUGUAAAAUCAAACCAGAAAAAAACACAAAAAUGUGAAUAAUUUCAUAUAUUUAUCAUUCAGUUUUGUUUAACUGGAACACUUUCAUAGGAAUUGAUUGCUUCUAUGUUACUUUUGGAAAAUAAUAGCAGAAAAUAUUUCAUUUAAAUUAUAGAAAAAAGUUAUCACAUUGCACAUAGCACAUAAAGAAAUCCAGUAAAAGGAUGACACUUAUUUUGUUCAUUUUUUCACCAUUGUGGUUUACAUUGUUCAUGCUGAUAUUGUGAAGGGAUCCUAUAUUUUAUUAUCUGUUUAUAGAUUUUUAUUUUUUUAUGUUAUAACUCAGGUUGAAAUGAAAUUGAUCCAUCAUAAAUAUUAAUAUACUGGCAUGUUUGUAGUCAGAAUGCGAGAUAUAUAGAUGCUAUUUCAUCAGGUAGAAGACCUAGAUACUUCAUAUCUUGUCAACAGAUGCCAUUUGUUUUGAAGUUUCCUUCUUGCCUAUCUCUGUGGUCCUUGGCCUCGUUUUUUUGGUUCAGCCAUUGAUGAAAAAACAGUAUAGUUUUAUUACGUUUUUCACCAACAGCCAAAGCAGGUCUAGUAACAGAUCCACCCAGUCCUUCAUUCCAUCAGUCCCCAAGACCUUGGGUAGAAAACUUUUGUCAAAGUAUUCUUUGCUUUUUUGAAAGGGAAUGAUUUUAUAUUUGGUCUGCAGCUUGAUGAUGUUAAGUUGUAAUUUGUAAGCAAAUUUUUACAUCUGCCUUGCUGCUGCUUCCUGUUUGUCGAUAGUUUGAAAUUUUACAACACUCAUUGUACAAGGAAAGUUUUCAUCAAACUUUUCUUGGCUUCUUUGCAAAAGAAUGAUUUUAUAUUUGAUCUGUAGCUUCAUGAUGUUGAGUUGUAACAUGUAAGCAAUUUUUGCAUCUGCAAUUACAGCCUUUUCCUGUUUGCUGAUAUUUGUAAUAUUAGGGGUUUUUUUCGUUAAAAAAAUAUAUAUGAUGUAUAUUACAGAUACUCAUGUAGCUUUUAAUUCAUGAUAACCGAUAUUAUUAUUGAAUUGAUGGGAUUGUAAAAAUGAUAUUUUAUUUACAACUUUGAUGAAAUGUAAAAUAACUAUAGCUUUCAAGCUUUGAAAUUCAAGGGGACAAAUAUCCUAAGAAGGGAUAAUUUCAUGCGCCUUAAUUAUUUCUUUGUUUGAAAAGUCAUUUCUGUCAUACAAUCAGUGAAUUUAUUAUGCAAUAUUUUAAAUUCUCUUUACGUUAAAACAAUAUUUUAUUGAAAAACAAAAUAUUAACUUAUUUAUACUCAUUGAAUAUACAACAUUGAUAUCUUGUUUCAACUGAUUCAUUUAAGAAUUGAAUGCUUCUUUUUAGCUCACCUGGCCCAAAGGGCCAAGUUAGCUUUUCUCAUCACUUGGCGUCCGUCGUCCAUCGUCGUCGGCCUUGUCGUCGUUAGCUUUUUACAAAAAUCUUCUCCUCUGAAACCACUGGGCCAAAUUUAACCUAACUUGGCCACAAUCAUCAUUAGGGUAUGUAGUUUAAAAAAUGUGUCCGAUGACCCUGCUUACCAACCAAGAUGGCCGCCAUGGCUAAAAAUAGAACAUAGGGGUAAAAUGUAGAUUUUGGCUUAUAUCUCUGAAACCAAAGCAUUUAGAGUAAAUCUGACAUAGGGUAAAACUGAUUAUCAGGUCAAGAUCUAUCUUGAAAUUUUCAGACAA